AUGCCCAGAUGCAGCUUUUGUUCUGGGCACCAAGGCAGAUUGUUUAUGUGCUUGAUCUGUUCAUCAGUCACCUGCUGUAGAAACCCUGAAUCAAAUCAUGCCUUUUUACAUGGUAGAUCUUUCGUCAGCCAUGAAAUCCUUGUAGACAUUGAAAGGGCUGAGCUUUAUUGCUGUGCUUGCUGUGAUCAAGUGUAUGAUCCUGAUUUCGAUAAGAGUGUGGUGUGUAAGAACGUAACGGUAAGGGCGAGCAAGAGGAAAAGAUUGGAUUUUGCGGGUGAUUCGGGUCCGAAAAGUGCGAAAAGGCUGGUUUUUAGGAGGAAAGUAAAACAAAGGUCCAAAUCAUGUGUGCCAUUGGGGUUGAGGGGAUUGAACAACUUAGGAAAUACUUGUUUUAUGAACUCGGUUUUGCAAGCAUUAGUUCACGCCCCGCCUUUGAGGGACUAUUUUCUUAGUGAUAGGCAUAACCAUGAGAUCUGCAGAAAGAGAAGCUCUGUGGAUCAAAAUCAAUUGUGUUUGCCAUGUGAUGUGGAUGUUGUUUUUUCGGCUGUUUUUUCGGGCGAACGCACACCGUAUAGUCCUGCAAAGUUUCUUUACAGCUGGUGGCAGCAUUCGAAGAAUCUGGCUGGUUAUGAGCAGCAAGAUGCACACGAAUUUUUUAUUUCAAUGCUGGACAGGAUCCAUGAGAAAUUGGGUAAAGACAGUCCGAAAAACGAAGAAAACCGGGACUGCCAAUGUAUUGCACAUAGAGCUUUUUCGGGUUUACUGAGAUCGGACGUAACGUGCACAUCUUGUGGAUGUACUUCCUCAACGUACGACCCAUAUAUCGACAUAUCCCUCGACUUAAAUACAAACGGGCCUUUUUUGAAAAACUCCACGAGCAAGCCAAACGAGGCCUUACCAACACCUUCCCUUGCAAACUGCUUGGAUCACUUCACAAGGCCCGAGAAGUUAGAACCCGACCAGAAGCUGUACUGUGAAAAUUGUCGAGAGAAGCAAAACGCAUUGAAACAAUUGUCACUCGAGAAGCUUCCGUUAGUUCUAUGCCUGCAUAUAAAACGAUUCGAGCACUCGGCUACUCGAAGAAUGUCGAGAAAAAUCGACCGCCAUUUGAAGUUCCCAUUUUCACUCGACAUGGGCCCGUAUUUAUCCUCCUCGAUAAUCAAGAAAAGAUUUGGGAACAGAGUUUUUUCAUUCGAGGGUGAGGAAAUUGAUAGUAGUUCGGCUGAGUUUGAGGUUUUUGCGGUGGUUACUCAUUCGGGCAUGUUGGAAUCGGGACAUUACGUGACCUACUUGCGACUGAGUGAUCAAUGGUAUAAAUGUGAUGAUGCUUGGGUGACAGAAGUUGAUGAUGACGUGGUUAGAGCCUCACAGUGUUACUUGAUUUUUUACGCGCAAAAAGUGUUUUAUAGUAAAGGGGGAAAAGAUGCCGGAUGCCAACCGGAAGUUGAUCUUUUACGGACGAAUUUUAGGGAGUGUUUGGUUGGCUGA